AUGAAGAAAUAUAGUCUAAAGUUCCUUGAUGUUUAAUCUGAAUUACAAUACUAAUCAUAGAGAAAUCAACAUUUUAGAAUGCCUAUAUUUAAGAUUGCCCAUUUUGGGAUGCUAAUUAUCAGCAUAAUAAAGCUUAUUCUAAAUUUUUAUUACUCGCUCUAUAGUGAUAUACCUGCAAUCGUAGCUACAUAAAUUUAUAUUAUCUUGUCACUUAUAUUAGUAAAUUAUAAAAGAGCAUGUAUUCAAAUUGCCUUACUUUUUUUCAACUACUCCUUGAUGGCCUAUGAAUAGGUACUGAUGAAAAAUAUUUCUCUUGAAGCUCUACCCUUAUUUAUUAAUAGCUUUACUAUUUGCAAUAUACUUAUAAUUUUAGUGCUAGAUGUUUUCGAGUCAUACUUUUUAAUUGUUACUACUUUCAGCUAUAAACUAAUCAAUACAAUUUUAAUAGACACACAACGUUCUUAUAACAUAUACGGAGCCACAUUCAUUUUAAUUUUAUUUUUAUGUUAUUGCUCGAGAAGAUUAAAUUUUCAGAGUCGUAACAAUUUUCUCUUGAGCCAAAAGGAUAAUUUGUGGGGUAUCAUUUCUUAUUUAAUUCAUUAGAAAAAAUAUUGCCUAAAAUAGUUAAUCAACCAUUCUUAUUGUUUUCUUUCGAUGAUGAAAAACUCGAAUUUUAGCAUAAGUUAUCAAAAUCCCUAAAUUUUUAAUGUAACAACACUAAUGAGCUUAAGAAUUUUCUCCGAACAUCUUUUCAUCAAUCGCUAAGUUUGGAGGAUUUCUUUUUUAAAUAGAAUCAAAGAAUCUCUCGCAAUGAAUAAGGAUCAAACACUAUUAUGAUCAGUAACAAAAAAGUACAAUAUCCAAUCACAUAUUCAAUCUUUUAUUAUUAGCAACCGAUUAUUUUAGUUUAAUUUACUGAAGAUAUAUUGAGAAGUAGCUCAAAAUAAAUUUAGUCUAGCCCAACGAAAUAUAAACAGGCCUAAUUUAAGUUAUAUUAAUUCUUUUUUUAACACCUUCAAAAAUCUAUUAGUCGUAACGACUGUCAAAGCUUAAGCUUCCUAAGAAAUAUAUGCUAUAAAUAGAUAUUAAAUUAUAAAUUACUAAAAAAUAACAAAUUCAAUAUAUCCGAAUAGAAAUUGGAAUCUCUUAUUUAACAUGUUUAAUAACUAUUUUUAUAUAAAAAAAUAUCAGUGGUCUAUGAUUUGUAACAACUCUCAAAUAUCAAGACAUUGAAAUAUCAUUUUUAUAGAAUCUUAUUCGAAAUAUUUUAAGGAUGUAAUAAAAGAGGCUCUAUUCAUGUAAAGAAUAAUGACGUUUUUCUGUAAUUUUCAUAUGUUGGAAAACACUUAAAUUAAGAUUGCAAAGAUUCAUUAUAAUUUGCGAUCAAGUACCUUGUAAAAAAUUAGGAUAGAAGAGGCAAACAUGAAAUUCUAUUGCAAAUUUAUUAAGAACCAUUAGUACCCUUUUUAUGA